UCACGCCAUUAAUUCCCCCCAGUCUCUUCCAGGCAUCCCCAGUUGAUCCCGGUCCCCUCCAGUGUGCCCCCACUGUCCCCAGUCCCUUCCUAGUGCAUUCCAGUCCCCAUCCCCCAUAGCGUUCCCAAAUCCCUCCCUGUUUGUCCCAGUGCCCCCCAGUGUCCCUCCCCAGCCUUCCCAGUGUCCCCCAAUAUGUCCCCGUACCACUCAAGUGCCUCCCAAUGCAUCCCAGCCCCCCUCAGUGUCCCCCCACAGCCUCUCCCAGUCCAUCCCAGUCCCCCCCAGUUGCGGUCUGGGCAAAGACGGAACUGCCCGGGGCCCUGGGAGGUGCCACCUGGGGGUGUCCUGUGUCAUCCCCCCCCCCCAAUGUCCCCAACCCUGUCCCCUCCCCGGGGAUAAAGUGGCUCCAGUCACAGCAGUAGGACAGACUGGGACCAUGAGAGUGCAGCCUGGACAAAUGAAGGUCCCCCCUGUCCUCUUCCUCCUCCUCCUCGGCCUCAUAGAGCAAUGGGGACCCUUGGGGACAUCAGGGACUCCCGUGGGACCCUUGGGGGGGGUCCUGUACCCCUUCGGGCCAGGCGUGGGGGAUGAGCCCACUCCCCAUGAGGAUGACGGGACGAGCCCCGAGAUCUUUCUGUGGGAAAACUUCUCCUUCUUCGGGAGCGGCCACCACUCUUGCUAUGUGAACAACAAUGGGGUGGUGUCGUUUGGGACGAGGGUCCCCGAGUUCACCCCCCAGCCCUUCCCACUGCCUGGCCACCGCCCCUUCGUGGCCCCGUAUUGGGCUGACGUGGACACGCGGCUGGGGGGAGAUGUCUGGUACCGCCAGAGCCGUGACCCUGAGCUGCUGGAGCGCCUGGCAAAGGACCUGGCACCCACUGUGCCCCCAGGGGACCCCCCACCGCGCCCCACCUGGGCCCUCGUGGCCACCUGGGACCGUGUGGCCUAUUUUGGGGCUGCCUCAGACAAGGUCAGACACAGGGGACAAGGAGGGGAGGGGGCUCAAGUGGCUUGGCCUUCAAGCGAGGUGUCCCCAGCCACAGUGGCACCAACCAUAGUGUCCCCAGCCACGGUGUCCCCAACUUUCUGGGGGACACAGCUGGGGGUGGCAGUGCCAGCAUGA